AUGUUAUACUUAAUUCUUCAUUCACAUUUUAGCAUUAAAAGUUUUUGUUGUUUUAAUAUUACAAUUCUUUCAAUAAAGUCUACAAUGGAAUUUCUUGAGGAUGAAGAUACGAAGGCAUUUUUUGCGAUUUUAGAAGGAAAUUGUCCCGAUGAGGAGGAAAGUAAUUCCUGUAGUGAUGAUUUUAUUAAUGAUACUGCCGAAUUUUUUGAUCAAUUGGAAUUGGUCCAUCCUGACAACAAAAGUGUUUGCGAAAAUGAAUGUGAAGAAAUUAACGAAGAAGUUAGUCAAGAAGUUGAAGGAUAUGUUAGUGAAGAAAAAGUUAAUGAAGAUGAAUGUGAAGAAGUUGACGGGGAUAUUUGUGACGAAAAGUUUGAUGGCUUUCUGCAUACGGAGAUCGAUGUACUUUUAGAUGAAUUUAUGUUAAAGUGGCGGAAGUUACAGGAUAAAAAAAGGGAAUUCUUUACAAAUGAGGCCAAGAAAAUGGAAGUGGACAAUGCCUUAUCUGGCCGAGUGAAAAAAUUUGUUUACAACUGGAACGAAUAUGAAAAUGGAACAACGUGCGAAUUUCGUAAUGCCUUGGAAGAAUUAAGAAUGUCAUUAAAAACAAAUUAG